AUGUUAUUUUAAAAGAAAGUGUAUAACAAUACAAAACCAACAUUUGAAAUAAAUGAAAAAAAAUUAGACUAAGAAUAUAAAAAAUUGCAAAAAUGUUUCCAUCCUGAUAAAUAUCAUUCUAAAUCAGAUAAAAUGCUCAAAUUUAGUGAAACUUACAGUAUGUAUAUAAAUGAAGCUUAUAAAGCAUUAAAAGAUGAUUUACAAAGAAGUGAAUAUUUACUUAAUUUAUUAACUCAUGGUAAAAAAGAUGAAUUAUUAGAAACCAUAAAAGAUGAUGAAUAUUUUUUGAAAGAAGUUAUGGAAAUUAGGUUUGAAAUAGAAGAUUGUAAUAAUAAAGAUGAAUUGGAUUAACAUGAAUAAUAUGUUAAUUAAUUAAAAAAAGAAACUAUAAAUAAAAUUAAUUAGUUAUUAGAUUAAUAAGAUUAUUAAAAUGCAGCUAUUCAUAUUAUUAAAUUAAGAUAUCAUGAAUCUACUUUAGAAAAUAUAAAAAAGAUAUUCGAAUAGAUAUAAAAUAAUAAAUUUUAGUAAUAAUUUUGAUAAUCUAUAA